CAUCCCUGCCGUAGUUUGAAGUCCGGAAAUGUCAUGGCGAAUUGGAAAGAAAAGUUUUCCAACAAGCAAAAUUACUGUAUAACUUAUUUCAUCUAGAUCUCAUCUAUAAUGCUGCCUACAGUCAAUUGCCCUGGUUCACUACAGAUCCUACAUGUCAGUGACAUUGACCUCUGAAUACCCCACAAGUUAAACGUUCAGAAGGAUCCCGUCCGGUCCCCACCACCAUGACACGGCUGGCACCGGGUGAGGGGAGCGGGCCUGAGUCUGCUCCUGGCAGGGAAGUGGAUAUGUGGUCGUCAGUACGCUGCCUUGGUUACCUGUCCAGUUUUAACUUGAUGGUGGCGGUGUGCAUGGGCCUGUAUGUGCGCUGGGAACUAACGGAUGAGCCCAUGUUCCUGGUCAUCUUCAUCCUGGGUCUGUUCGUCCUGGGCAUCGCCAGCAUCCUUUACUACUACUUUUCCAUGGAGUCAGCAAGUCUCAGUCUCUUCCACCUGUGGUUCGGUUACCUUCUAGGCCUCCUGUGCUUCCUCAAUAGUCCUGUUCUUGAGGAGAACGUCAAGGAGCGGGCCACUAACUACCUGCUGCUGGCUAGUGUGGCUUUGAGGACGGUGUGGGCGUUAACCGACCGGAUUAUGGGCUGCGUUCAAUAUAAACCCACUCUGCUUACGUCUGAGGAGCUUCUUGAACUCCUGGGAUUUGGCAUUGCCAGCACCACCAUGCUGAUGACCAAAUCAAUAGCCCUCAUCGCCCUAGUCGUGGCGCUGGGGGCUCUGAUUGUGGACCUGCGUGUCAAGUCCAUCCUGGCCCUACCCAAUUUAGCCUGCUUUUCCCUGGUCACCUCCCUGCUGUUCUUCAAGGCAGUGGAGAUAACGACCAACCCCUUCGCCUUGGGCUGCUACCUGGGCCGUCUGAUCUGUGACCCCGUCCUGGACGUCUACUUCAGCAGCCAGGGGCCAACCGAGCGCUGGCUGCCCCUGCUCUCUUUGCGGCGUGUCUGGCGCCGGCUUUCCCUGCUCCCCCUGGGGCUUGUGGAGGUAGCCUUCUUUGUUCUGGCUGCUCUGAAGAUGACCAGCCUAGACCUGUGGUACCUGGUGAUCCCUGGGUUCUGUGUGUUUGGCCUGUUCUGGGCCGUGUGUCACGUGGUUCUGCUGAUCACACUCUGGGGCUUCCACUCCAAGCUAAGCGACUGUCAGAAGGCGUGCUCUGCCCAGCGGUCGGACACACGCAGCCUGGACCGGGUCAUGGCCUCGCGAGGGAUGAGACACUUCUGCCUGAUCUCAGAGCGCCUGGUCUUAUUUAGCCUGGUGUCCACAGCCAUACUGGCAGCUGUUUCCUGGCAGACCUCCAACGGUUUGUUCAUCGCUGUGUUCCUGGUGGUCCUCCCGCUGGAGUCCCUGGCCCAUGGGCUUUUCCACGAGCUGGGCAGUUGUCUAGGAGGCACCUGUGUGGGCUACGCAGUAGUGAUCCCUACAAGCUAUAGCAGCCCAGACGGCCAGCCCAUCCUACUACCUCCGGACCAGGUGCAGGAGCUAAAUUUGCGUUCCACGGGCAUGUUGAACAGCGUGCAGCGCCUCUUCUCGCACCACAUGAUUGAGACGUUUGGCUGUGACUACUCCACCAGCGGGGUGACCAUGGAGGCCCUGCAGGCCAAGCUCAAAACCUUCCUGGAGCUCCGCACGACGGACGGUCCCCGCCAUGAUACGUACGUGGUGUUCUACAGCGGUCACACGCUCCCCACCGGAGCCUGGGCACUGGCAGCGCAGCUCGGUGCAACACCGCUGCAUGGGGUCUUGAGGAGACAGUUCGACUACAGAGAGGGAUGGCGAGAGAAAAAACACGCCAUUCAGACCAGCAUCCUCCCACACAACCUCAUACACAGACACGUCUCUUGUCUUUCCAGUGGCCGGGGGUUGGAAAAUGUGCUGUUAUUGGGGCCUGCCUGGAUGCCGUAGUAAUGGGAUGAGGCUAUCGAUUCAUCCCAUGUCGGGCCUGACUCUUUUUUUCAGCCUGGGAACGACAGCUGAUGUCACUGUGACAUUGAAAUGUCGGAGGCAUUAUCUCUAAUAACAAGAGGUGAGCAAAUGUUUACUUGCCACUUAGCCACUGAACACUUUCCUACUCCAUAUGUUAUUUUAAAGGGGGCCGUCAAAUAUAAAACCUCCCUUCCAGCUCACCAGCCUUUCCUUCGUCCAGCACGUGAAUUAAUCAAACAACCUGCUUUGGUCUUUUCAAGGAAAAUACAAUAGAUCUGUCCCGCCCUCCACCCUUUCAUAACCCUGUGUAGUGUAAUGAAAUGUUUAUUGGAAGGUCUGUAAGAGUACCUUUCAGGCCACACCCAUGGUUUUUGAGAGAUUCCCAGAAUGAGUUAUGGGUCUAUAAGGGGGAACUGGAGGCUAAAUUGAAAGAGGAUUUGCUAGUCACAGUUGUACAGGGGAUUGUUCUCCAUGAUGGAAAAUACAGUAUGUGGUCCCAGGUUCUUUACGGAAGCCCAUCAAAAUGUAUCAAGAAUAUGCUCAUGUGUCCUUGUGAAGCAGUUCUAUUGCUGGCCAAGCCUGGCCACUGAUAUUGAACAAUGGUGCAGACAUGCUUGGUGUGUUGUGUUUAACCAGGGGAGAUGCGAACUGACAAGGCACAGCAGAACAGAACCUCUGAGGGGUCCCUGGGAGCCAUUCCAAAUUGACUGCAUAGUGUAGGGCCACGUCAACCUGCAAAGGGCUGGUAUACUAUAGGUACUGUUUGACCCACACCACAGCACGUGUUCUAGCCAACCCAAUCAUCCCCCUCUGGGGAGUGCCAAAUCACUGUGAGUCAGACUGUGAGGACCACUUCACCGGGAAAGUCACAAAGGAUAAGUGAAACAUUUUCAACAAUAAAGAGGGUUCACGUGACAUACGAACCAGAGUCGGACGCUUUUGUGGAAAGAUAAAACCUCUUUCUGAAAGAAUGGAUUGCCAGACAAAUUUUGCAACCCAAAGGUGUCAGGACAGACUCCAGGUGCUGUAUGCACAGGCUACGCUGAGACAGUUUCAGUCAGACCGAUCAAACGAUGUUCUGUUCAACCCAGAGGUUGAAGCCAGAUUCACAGAAGGAGACAUGAUCAUGGUGAGAGUUUAAAAGGAAACGCAUUUGCUCCAAGAUGGCAUGGUACCUACGAUGUCAAGGCCGUUUACAACAGCUGCCUGGCCAUUGUGGUCAGAAUGAAACUGAAAUGGUUUCACAUGACCCGAGCCUGUUAACGAGCCUGAGUUCAAACAGUAUGAUGAAACGUUUUAAGUGACAGGACCCUCUUGCAUGAAAACGGGACAGCGUGUGGAGCUCCAUGCUCUAGGCUGCUGGAGAUGGGUAUGGAGAUACCAUGGGCCAUACACAGAAGCACCUAUUUCCAUUUAUCCAAAACAGAUAGAUAUCAGGUUAUAUCAGGACCAGAUUGUGUAACACAAAUGUCUUGUGACUUCCACUCAUCUCGCAAUCCGCAUAGACAGGGGAUUUGUACCCAUACGUGUAAAGAGAUCAACAGCAAUCCUGACAUUUGUUACCAACACAAUUGAACAGUCUUUUUCCAGUUAGCCUACUCUUUUACCCAGACACACCUGUAGGCCUGCUGAACACACUCUAUUCCAUUAAUAAUGUUACAACCUGUAGGCCCAGGCACACCUGUAGGCCUGCUGAACACACACUAUUCCAUUAAUAAUGUUACAACCUGUAGGCCCAGGC